UAUUUUAUUUUUUCAAGAGAAGUGUGUUGCUACAAUGCUUUCGAGGAAUUGUUACAGAAAACAAACGGAAAUGGUGAGGGCUGAAGGGAAGCAAAGGGAGUCCUAUAAGGGGCAAAUGCGCGUGGUGGGGGCAAUGCAGGGACAGCUUCAAAGGAUUUGGAAUUUUCUUCCUAAAUAUUACGGCGCAGCGGUUGAUGGAAUCGGACUAUACACGCAGAGCGUCAUCCUUUCUCCCCCUCCCUUUCUGCUUUGGGCUGGGUAAGAAUGAUGCACAAGUAAUUUGCCCCUAAACCCAGGACCAUCAUCUCCACCCCCAAGCCCUCUUCUCUGCUCCCCCGCAAAAGCCCCCCGUUGCAUCUCCAGUAAACAAAACAUUUGGGGGUUGGCGGACACCCUUUAACCUUACCUGCGCCUCACUAAACCCAGCCGGGCCAAUCAGAGCGCAGGGCUUAAAUGCAGCUGCCAUAUUCAAUGUUAAACGCUGUCAAUCAGGCGGGUUUGGUCCAAUGGGCAGGCCAGCUGGGGGUCAGGUGACGGCUAGCCAGGCGGUUCCCCAUUGGCUGGCAGGGAAGCUGCCUCUCGGAGUUGGGUAUUCUCCCUCUCAGCGUCCCUCGCCCUUCCUCUCCCUCUCUUUUUUCUUUCUCCCCCCCUCUCCAUAUGUGUUAGGAAGGGAGGAGCGCCUGACUUUAGCCAGUGCAAGGACGUCGCUCAGUUGGAGUGGAGGGCGCCCUCCUGGAAGGCAGGAGGGGAAAGAGGCAGCGGGGAUCCCCCCAGGGGUUGUGUGUGCGAGUCUGUGGGGGGGAACAGAGGGGGUGCCUCCGUUCGUAGCCCUUUAGGGCUAGUGGGUGGGGUUUGGGGGGACUGUUUUUUGGGGAGCGGGUGUUGUUCAGUUGUUGUUUUCUCUACCCCCCUCUCUUCUUCUCUCCAACCCCCCCCCACUUAUUUGUGAAAGGUUUGGAGCGCGUGUGAAUGCGGCAUUCGUGGGGCUGGCGCGCGAGCCCUCCUUCCUGUCUCUCCAUUGUGUGGGGCUGAGCUAGUAGUGGGGAGGGGAGAGAGAGAGAGAGAAGGGGGAGAUCGAAAGCUUUGGAGAGCUCGUGUUGUUGUUAUUUGGAAGUUGGGAAGGGGGGCAGGAAAGGGGGCGAAAAGGAGACGCGGGAGGAGAUCGCCGUCGUGGGGCCGCCUCGUCCUCUUCAUCUUCCCCGCGGUUCCUCUUCCUUCUGCUUCUGCUGCAUCUCUCAAGGCGGACUAUGACCAUGUUGUUAGACGGCGGGCCUCAGUUCCCCGCGCUGGGAGUCGGGGGCUUCGGAGCGCCGUGCCACCACCCGCACGACGUGGCGAACCGCGAUGCCGCUGCCGCCGCCGCCGCCGCUGCGGCCAUGGGGCUCAACCACCCCUUCGGGGACUCGUCCUUUAAAAUAAGCCCAGCGCCCCACGAGCUGGCGUCGGGACAAGGCUCUGCUUUCACGCCGCAAGCGUCGGGCUACCCGCACCACCACCAUCACCGCCACCCUCCGCACCCGCCUCACCCUCACCACGCCGGCCAGGUGCCUUCCUCUUACGCCGCCGCAGCCGCCGCGGCCGCUUUCAACUCCACGCGGGACUUUCUCUUCCGCAACCGCGGGGGAUCCGCGCUCGGGGAUUCCCCCGCCGGCGGCGGCGGUGGCGGAGGAGGGGGAUCCGCGGCUGCGGCUGCAGCUCAGCACGGCCUCUUCGGCGGCAAUGCGCCCAGCGGGCUCCACGCUCCUCCGGGCAUCCCGGACAGCCCUGGCGGCUACUUGCUGUUCCCGAGUUUGCACGAUCAGAACCCCAGCCACACCUCCCCGACCGGGCACGUGGAGAACGGGCAGAUGCACCUGGGCUUGCGGGGGGACUUUUUCGGGAGGCCGGAGACGUACCGAGGAGUCUCCAGCCCCCGCGCGGACCCUUAUGGGGGCCCGGCUCAGUUCCACAACUACAGCCCCAUGAAUGUGAACAUGGGGGGCAUGAACGUGGCGGCCGCCGCCGCCGCGGCUCACCACCGUCACCACCACCACGGCGCGGGAGCCUUUUUCCGCUACAUGCGGCAGCCCAUCAAACAGGAGCUCUCCUGCAAAUGGAUCGAGGAGCUGUCGCAGCCUCCGGCUCCUCCGCAUCAGCAACAGCAGCCUCACCAGCCGCCGCUGAGCCGACCCAAAAAGAGCUGCGACCGGACUUUCAGCACCAUGCACGAACUGGUCACCCACGUCACCAUGGAGCACGUCGGAGGCCCUGAGCAGAACAACCACAUCUGCUACUGGGAGGAAUGUCCCCGCGAGGGCAAGUCCUUCAAAGCGAAAUACAAACUCGUCAACCACAUCCGCGUGCACACCGGCGAGAAGCCCUUCCCGUGUCCCUUUCCCGGCUGCGGGAAGAUCUUCGCCAGGUCGGAGAACCUCAAGAUCCACAAGAGGACGCAUACAGGAGAGAAGCCCUUUAAGUGUGAGUUUGAAGGCUGUGACCGGCGUUUUGCAAACAGCAGUGACCGAAAGAAGCACAUGCACGUCCACACAUCAGACAAGCCAUACAUCUGCAAAGUCUGCGACAAGUCCUACACCCACCCCAGCUCCCUAAGGAAGCACAUGAAGGUCCAUGAGAGCCAAGGGUCGGAAUCCUCUCCGGCGGCUAGUUCUGGCUAUGAGUCCUCCACCCCACCAGCCGUUGUGGCUGCCAGCAGCAAGGACUCCAGCAAACCACCACCACCAGCUGUUCAGACCGCCAACCCCAGCCACAACCAAGAACUGCCCCCCAACUUUAAUGAGUGGUAUGUCUGAUGAGGACAAAUUCAACUCCUCUCCUCCCCCACAAAAUCAACAACAAAACCCAAACUAACCAGACUGUACCAAAAGCAUUCCUGUUGACAUCAAAGGACACCGGAUUCAUCUUUGGCCUGUCAUUGGAGUUUGCAGGACAAAAAAUAAAAUAGAAAUAAAAUAAAAAUGAAGGAGGAACAACUACAGCAGCAGCAGCAGCAACAACAAACAAGUGGUGGCAAGGGUGUGAUUUUUUUUUAACCCUAUCCAAAAGCCGGAGGCUGGACUUUGUCUCUAUUUUUCUCAGGAUUUUUCUGCAUUGAUGGUUAUUUCUUCUUUUUUCUUUUUUUAAAUCCCUCUUCCAACUCACCUUUCAAUACCACUCCCUUUAUUUCCCAACAUUCUUGCCUUUUGUAAAUAUAUACUUCCAAUAGAUAUAUACCCACUCCUUUUUGGGGUGGGAUGUUGAAAAACAACGAACUGACUUUUACACUUUAUGAUUUAACUUCCAAUAGAUAUAUACCCCCUCCUCUCUCUCUCUCUCUCCCUCUUUUUUGGAGGGGUUGGAUUUUGAAAAACAGAAAACUGACUUUUCCCCUUGGCCUUAGUUGUGAUUAUUAAAAAUAAUAAGAAAAAACAACAACCACAGUCUUAAAACUUGCCAAAGUCCUGUAUUGUCUUGAAAUCUUUCUUUAUCUCUCUCUUUCUCUGUCUUUCUGUCUCUUUUUCUCCUACCUUUUUCUCACUCUCUAAAACAUUACACUUGUGAAUGUAUUUCAUCUGAUUUGAGAAUGGGCCAGGGGUGUUCUUCAGUAUGUUUUUCAGGAGGGGGAAAUGUAAUCUUAAUUUCACUCAGCUCAUGGCGGUUUAGUAUAAACAGUUGCCUUUUUGUAAUAACUUUUUUUUUGUAAAUACAUAUCCAUGAUGCCAUAUUUAUCAAUUGUAAUUUAAUUAUUGAGAGAAGUGCCGGAAACGGAAACAUAUUUAUGAGGAAAAAAACAAAACAAAAACCCCACAAAAAAAGAAAUUUUGUUUUCUAACAAACAAACAAAAUCCAGACAAACUCUGUACAGCUUUUUGGUUAUAUAACUGCUUUAGCAUUAAAAGUUUAUUGUUUUGGAAAUAA